UGUACAUCAGACCUCCAAACAGCAGGAGGCGCCAAAGGAAUGUUGACAAACAAGGAUGACCACUUCCUUGUAAACCCCGGAAACCGCCAUUGCUGAACAACCCAACGUGAAGAGUUCGUAGCCGCGCGAAUUGUCUGGUGUUACGUUACUGUAAACUCGUUUUCUGAUAGCAAAUCAAGUAAUAUAUAAAACAGAAUGGCGUACCGGGGACAAGGGCAAAAGGUUCAGAAGGUUAUGGUCCAGCCUAUUAAUCUUAUUUUCAGGUAUCUUCAAAAUCGGUCCCGCAUUCAGGUGUGGCUCUACGAACAGGUGAACAUGCGGAUAGAAGGAUGCAUCAUUGGCUUUGACGAGUACAUGAAUCUGGUCCUGGAUGAUGCAGAGGAGGUCCACAUGAAGACCAAGAACAGGAAGCCCCUGGGUCGGAUCAUGCUGAAAGGAGACAACAUUACCUUACUACAGAGUGUGGCCAACUGAACCCCCUCCCUCGCUGUUGUGUGGACUUCCUGAUCUUGUAUGCCUGUGUUUUUGUUUUUGUAUUUUUAGGAUGAUGGAUGAAUGAGAGUUUCUUUUGGUUUCUUUGUGUCUUUAAGGACAAUAGUAAUUGUGAUGACUAUGGUGGGCCCUUUUGAUGAGGCCAUUGAAAUUAAAGAUUUUCGUUUGGUUUCUUA